GCGGCUCCGCUGAGGACAACAGGCUACCUCUGUGUUCUGAUACUGCACAGCUAUGGGACAAAGAAAACAUGCAAAACUGUGAAUCAAGGUUGCAGUCAACCAAAGAACCAUAACAUCAUCAUAGAGUCCUGAAUUACAGGAGCACUGUAAAGACAGCUCCUUUUUGUUAUUAAUUUGAAGUUUGGAAAAACGAACUUGUAGUCCAUUAUAGUAAACAGUAGUAAACUACUUGCAUAAUUUUCAGUGUUCAGGCAAGGAAGGUGAUGUAUGUCUGUAUUCAGUCAAGAUACCGCUAUGUUUGUUUAGUGGUUUGUGGAGAUAUUUUGGCCCUGAUGGGCUGUGACAGAGGCUUCUUGUGACAGAGAGGUGCUGCUGUAAAUAUAAAGGUGGACUAAAACAUGCACAUAGUUAGAGGGGUUUGGUCCGCCCCGGUCCUACUAGGGCAGAGUCGUUGCUCCUGCACCAAGCCCCGCAGCAGCUCUGCUGUGUCCUUAUGUUCCCAGAGUUAGUGACUGCACAGUACAGCCAGAAGUCAGUUGAAGCUGAAAGUCCAGCUGCGCCAUGACUUCGUCAGGAACAGGGAGUGACCUGUCAGUGGCCCUCGAGAUCUGUAAGCUCCAGAACCUGUACAUGGACCCAGAGAACUGCUUUAAAUCAAAAAGUUUACCAAUCCUAAAUGGACCCUGUCAGCCAGAUUGUAAUGCUGCUGUGCAGCCUCAGCCAGUCAACACCACCCACACCUGUGUGGACACGAGCAGUGGGCUCCAGCCACAAACCUCAGACCUGAACCAAGCAGAGUCCCCCUCCUCUAGGACAGAUGUCUCCCCCUCUGUUUCCAGCAUGGUGGGCCUCAACAGCUCACUGCCUGUGGAGGCCAAUAGGGCCUGUGGCACUGAAGGCAAAAGACUUGGUUUCUCUCUCACCUGCCUCAUCCACAUCCCAGCCAGGAACCACAUGCGGGUCAUCCUGAGGGACUCGCGGUGCUUCCUGUUUUGCAUGUGCUACCUAACCUUUAUUCAGUCUCUGAUGGUUUCAGGCUACCUGAGCAGUGUCAUCACCACCAUUGAGAAGCGCUACAGUCUGCGCAGCUCCGAGUCUGGCCUGCUGGUCAGCUGCUUCGACAUCGGCAGCUUGCUGGUCGUGGUCUUCAUAUCCUACUUCGGUGGCAGAGGUCAGAGGCCACGGUGGCUGGCAGUGGGAGGUUUGGUCAUUGCUGUGGGGGCAUCAUUGUUUUCCCUGCCCCACUUCAUCUCACCACCCUAUCAGAUCCAGGAGAUGAACUCAUCUGUGGGCCAUGAAGGCCUCUGUCAGAGUAGUAAUAACAGCAAACAUGAACUGCUUGAUGUUGCAUCGUGCCCUCGUGACCAGGAGGGCAAUGAACACAACCUGUACGUGGCUCUAUUCAUCUGUGCCCAGAUACUUGUGGGCAUGGGGUCGACGCCCAUCUACACCCUGGGGCCCACCUACCUAGAUGACAAUGUGAAGAAAGAAAAUGCAUCACUCUACCUGGCCAUCAUGUAUGUGAUGGGAGCCUUGGGACCUGCAGCUGGCUACCUGCUGGGUGGUGUCCUCAUUGGCUUCUAUGUCGACCCCAAAACUGUAGUCAGUAUAGACCAGAGUGACCCUCGCUUUGUUGGCAAUUGGUGGAGUGGUUUUCUCCUGUGUGCCAUAGCCAUGCUUCUGGUCAUCUUUCCAAUGUUUGCCUUCCCCAAAAAGCUACCUCCUCGCCACAAAACAAAGAAGAAGAAAAAGAUCAGCCCACCAGAUGAUGUGUCCUGUGAUGACAAUGUGAUGAAGGAAAAGUCCAGUAUUAAAGGCCAGAAUGUCUCUUCCUCCAUGGGCUUUGGGAAGGACAUUAAAGACCUCCCCAAGGCAGCCCUGAGGAUCCUCAGCAACAUGACCUUCCUGUUCGUCAGCCUGUCCUACACGGCAGAGUGUGCCAUCGUCACCGCCUUCAUUACCUUCAUUCCCAAAUUUAUUGAGUCACAGUUUGGUAUGCCUGCCUCUAAUGCCAGCAUAUACACUGGUUUGAUCAUCGUACCUAGUGCUGGGGUGGGCAUCGUGCUAGGGGGCUACAUCAUCAAGAAACUAAAACUUGGUGCCCGAGAGUCUGCCAAGCUGGCCGUGAUCUGCAGCGGGGUGUCUCUACUCUGCUUUUCCACACUCUUCAUAGUGGGUUGUGAGAGCAUCAAUCUGGGAGGCAUCAAUAUACCCUACACCACUGGUCCAACCCUGACAAUGACCCACAGGAACCUGACAGGCAGUUGCAAUGUGAACUGUGGCUGCAGGAUCCAUGAGUACGCUCCAGUUUGUGGCUCUGAUGGCAUUACCUAUUUCAACCCGUGUCUGGCUGGAUGCAGCACUGUGGGCAAUGAUAGCGCUGGGAAUAGGAACUACACUGACUGUGGCUGUGUGCAGAGCAGACAGGUCAUCACUCCAUCCUAUGGCGGCCAGGUCAACCAGCUCCAAUUGGUCAUUGUUAAAACCUACCUGAAUGAGAACGGCUAUGCUGUGUCGGGGAAGUGCGACCGCACCUGCAACACGCUCAUCCCUUUCCUCAUCUUUCUCUUCAUUGUCACUCUCAUCACUGCCUGUGCCCAGCCCUCCGCUAUCAUUGUCACACUCAGGUCUGUUGAUGAGCAAGAGAGGCCUUUUGCUCUUGGGAUGCAAUUUGUCUUGCUCCGAACUCUCGCCUACAUCCCCACACCCAUCUACUUCGGUGCUGUGAUUGACACCACCUGCAUGCUGUGGCAGCAAGAUUGUGGCGUGCAUGGCUCCUGUUGGGAGUAUGACGUCACCUCAUUCCGCUUUGUCUACUUUGGCCUGGCCGCCAGCCUCAAGUUUGUCGGCUUCGUUUUUAUAUUCCUCACUUGGUACUCAAUCAAGCACAAAGAGGAGCGAGCUGAGCGCUGGCGACAGCACCUGCCACCUCUAAGCACCGUCAGCGAGUUCAUCUGCCACGCCGGGGGCCAGAAAAGCCACGCCCGCACCCACUCCUGCCCUGUGUUCAUCCCACCUCGACCAGACCCGCCAGCUGCUCUGCUGCUCAGUCAUGGCCACAGCAGCCUCAGUUGCCCUGGCAAUGCUCUCAAAGCAAUAACUCCACCCAUCCUGGUGCCACAUCACCACAGAGGCUCCGCCCAUGUCUGAGACCAUACCAGUUCCCUCUCUGGGAUGCGACGUGUGCCUUUCAGUUUGUAUUUCUGCAUCACACAGUGUCUGACACCGAUCAAACACCAGGUGGGGCUCCAAAGCUGAUGUUAGACUGACAGGCAGGAGACCCAGCGAUGUCCAACAUACUGAUGGAGCUACUCAUUGGUGUUUGAUAGCAGGAGACUGACAGGUGUUCUUUUAUUCUGAGCACAUCAUUCGCUGCAUCCACACAGAAAGUCAGGCCUCCGCUUCAAGGAUUAGAUGGUAAAGACAUCACUGGUGCUACUGUUAUAAGGCAGGGCAUUAGUCUUUCUACAGACAGAUGAGUCACGAUCAUUAUGGUGUUUAAAGCACAACUGACAAACCUGUACUAUGCAAGAGCCUUUGUAUAGCUGCUCUUUUCUCAGUACUGUACAGCUUCCUCUGUAUUCCACACCUGAUCCUCUUCUCUGCUCGCUUCAUAGGCUACAUGCCACCAUGUUGUUGUCAGCACCAUCUACAUCUUGCAUUUUGAACCAUUCCGCCUGUUCUUUUGUCUGGUUAACACAUUUGCAUCUUCAGAAUUUUUUUUUUUAUUCGCAUACCUCUGUUUUCUUCCUUUCUCUCAACUGUGCCUCUCAGGCUGUCUCAGCUAGUCUAAUAUACACAGCCUUCUACCAGGGUAAAUGUUAGCUGCCUAAAAGUCUGUCACAUUCUGCUUUGUUGCCCUCAGAUUUUGUUUGGGAACAACUGUCACUGAUCCUGAGUCACUGCGCCCAGUAGUCAAAAGUUUGACCUUGGCAAGGUAAUUAAUGUAGCUUAAAACAUAGCUUUGAGAUUUUUCAAGUUGCUUUUAAUAUACUACUGAUGUGCCAUAUGUACGUGAAAAUAGGUCUUUGUUUCUAACGUCUCCUGCUCUCCACCCUGACCCUGAAGGGUUUCACCCAGGUUGUGAUCGCACAAAAAUGAGGGACAAAAUAUACCACCCUCAUUCUGUGCAAAAAUGCACUCCAAAGUUGUCUGAUGCUCAAGUUAAGCUAGCAAGCUAACUAACUGGAGGCAGUAAGUUACCAUCUAUUUAAGACCACUUCAACUCCAUUUGUUCCCUGGAAAGUCAUUUCUUACCAAGCUGUGGCAGAGCUCCCUUCCAUUCCAGCUGUGAAAGUACAAACUCACUUCAGAGGCAAGUCUGAGCACAACUUGAAAAGUAACCAGCACCUAACAACAACAAAGCUACAUGUGACUAUUAGAAUGUACCCUCCACCACAGCUCGGCAAGGAACUACUAUUCUGGGAGGCAAAAAGAGUCAAAUCUGUCUUAAAUAGACCAACUUUAAAAGAUACGGACACAAGCUAAGCCUCAGAAAACCUUGAUGCAUUUUUACACAGACCAAGGGUGGUGUAUUUUGUCCCGUUUCUUACAGCGUAAUCACAUUGUGUGGAAAUAUUCAGGGUCAGUGUGCAGAGUAGGAGAAGUUGAAAUGACAGAUCAUUUAUGACCUUACAUAUGAACACAUCAAUAUUGCAUUAAGACCAACUUGAAAAAUCCCAAACCUGUCCUUUAAAGCUGACCAUCACCAGUGGUAUAGCGUUGAAUGACUACCGUGUUAAUUCAGAGGUUGUCAUCGAGUACAAAAUAUGUUUAAUUAGACAAAAAACUACUUUACUAAUCGGCCAAAUAAACAGGAGAAGAGAAUUUAAAAAAAGUUUCAUCGAUGACCAUGUGCUGAAGCUACCUAAACAUGUGAUCGUACAUGGAAACUACAAAGGAAAUUUUAGAAAUGUGGCAAAACAGUUUUAACAAAUUUGACUCAUAGCUUUACAAGUAAAAUGAAUUUAAUCUAUUCCAACAAUCAUCAAUAGAUUAAAAGAUGCAUCAUUUUGGCUUUGUAUUGUAAUGGCUUCUCCAUUCCAAUGUUCAUCAGAUGUACAUAGUCGUUAUCUAGUAAUGUAGGCUUUAAGAAAUAGUGUAGCAAGCAUGUAAAACAAUGAAACUACUUUUAUCGUCAUGAGAAAUUUGACUUUUGAUUAUUCAGUUCCUGGUUGUUUGGGGCCCUCUAAUGGACAGGAGCAUUUAUUACUAUAUGCAAAGGCCAGUGAAUGUUCUGUUUGCAAGACCUACCGUCUUAGUUCCGAGGUUAAGUAUGAUUCACUGCCCUGAAUAUAGCACUCCAGUUUACCAAACGUAUACCUAAGCAAAAGAUGAUCGAUUUUCAAUGACAUGUAUUUUAAGAUUUAAAAUUUUGUCUACUAGUUAACAUUCACACAAAGUUCUGGUAAAGGAAGAGAUUAGAUUUGUUUUUAAACAACCCGCACAAGCCCCAACUGUUAACAGUUUUGGCAAAUCUGUGGCAUGCAUUUUCAAAGUCAGAUAUUUAGGGAGUAUUUUUCCUUUGGGAGAGAUUAGUUACUGUAUUUCAUAGUCUGUUCAGUAAGAAUUAAUUUGUUACUAAAUGUUUGCAAAUGAAUGGAGAAUCAGAUGCAGUCAAUACAUUUCAAAAGUUAAGAUUCAUUAUCUCCCAGGUGAAAACGAUCACGUCUGCAGCGGCUAAUUUUACCUCAAAUUAUAAAAUGUGAUCGUUGUGUAAAUACUGACAAAGCAAAUGUGUGUAUUACAGAGCUCAUGCAUAGUUAGAAAUAUAUUUGUAAGCUAACCCAUGACAUUGUUCCUUAACUCAUGAUGAGAAAUAUGAAUUAUGCUACAAAAAAAAGGUGGAUUUGUCCUGUGGCAGUAAUAACACUGGAGUUCAGAAUUACUGUAUGUUAUGGGGUAGAAAGGGUUACUGAAAUGCUUUGUUUUUUGUCGAGGACUUCACAGUGGAGUUAACUGACAUGCUGAAAAUGGCCUGACUACUGUUUGCUUAUUAGAAUUCACAGUCAUGCUAUCCAAAUGACUGAAUUGCUACUGACAGACAACUUUAGAUUGACUGCAAAAUUAGACUAACACAUUUUCCUUUCAUCAGUAUUUGAACUGAAAGUGAAUUUCCUGUACAGAUGCUGUAUUCUGAAAGUUGAGCUCUUAUUUCUGUGUGUUCCUCAGGAGCAGAAGUCUAAUUGUUUGUGAACAUUUGGUUUACAAAUGCCUUCAAUACUUGAUAUUUGUCAUUAAAAAUGGAAAAAUCAAGUCAUGUCAAAUUUUAUUUAUAUGGCCCAAUAUUAUAAAUUAGCUUCAAGGUGACCUUACAAUCUGUACAACCUACAACACUUUGUCCUUAAAACCUUGAACUGGAUAAAGAAAAACUCCCUAAAAAGCCCAUUUAAUGGAGGCAGAAUGUGGAUACUUGAACUUAGCCUGACAGGACCUAUUGGUACCCGAGAGUUUGGGCCAGGUCAGAACAGAAAUUUUGAAAUUAUGUUUGGAUCAGGUUCAGACAAGGAUCCAGAUCCACAUCUAAAUGAGGCAACAACAGCCAGAGGGGGGAGAGAGGGAGAGGAUCCAGGACGACCA